CGACAAGGCGAGGACUGCGGCACAACGCAGCAUUGCAGCACUGCGUCAACAUGGCGGCCGUCUGUCGGGUGGCGCUCGUCGUAGCUGCACUCGGUGUGCAGUACAGCGGACAGGAGAUCAUGUUCAUAGCGGACAGGCUUCCUCUACAGGGGAACAAGGACCACGCUGACGUGCCAUGGCCUCUGCCGGCGAGAUGGAGGAGUAACACAUCUUUCCCUCUUUUGCACGAGACCUUGUCGAUAACGUCAAACGUGCCUGGUUGUGACGUCAUCGACAACGCCGCCAAGCGAUACCGGGGUAUUGUGGGUAGCCUCGGCAAGGCUGCUGAACCACAACAGGGCGGUAUCGGGCAUGUGAUGAUUUUUGUGGAAAAUGCGACGUGCGAGAAAUUUCCUCAUCUGAAGAUGGACGAGUCGUACGAGUUAACAGUAUUCCCCAGUAACGUCACAAUCAACAGCAGGUCAGCGUGGGGAGCACUCAGAGGUCUUGAAACGUUCAGCCAGCUUGUAUAUGAAAAAGGCGGGAUGGCGUACGUAAAGGAGUGGAAUAUCGAGGACUCGCCGAGGUUUGCUCAUCGUGGUUUUAUGAUGGACACGGCACGUCACUUCCUCCCGUUAAAAAUAAUAAAACUCCACCUGGAGGCGAUGGCGUGGAGCAAGCUAAAUGUCUUCCACUGGCACAUCGUGGACGCACAGUCCUUCCCCUUCGUCAGUCGUCGCUUUCCGGAACUCUCCGACAAGGGUGCGUUUUCACCACGGCACGUUUAUACCCCGCAAGAUGUGGCGGAGGUCAUUGAAUUUGCGCGACUAAGAGGCAUCCGUGUCAUUCCGGAAUUCGACACGCCCGGACAUGCGCAUUCGUGGGGCAAAGGUCGACCUGAGCUUCUGACGCCAUGCUGGAAGGAUGGCCGCCCGGGGACUGCUGACUACGGGAAUCACUCGGAAUACGAGAACUUUGACCCCACGAAGGAGACAACCUUUGAGUUCUUGGGCGAGUUCAUGGCGGAAGUUGCUGACGUGUUUCCGGACCAGUUUCUGCACGUGGGGAUGGACGAGGCGCACUACAUGUGUUGGCAGUCGAGCCCAAACAUCACGGAAUUCAUGAUUCAAAAAGAUUUUGGGCCCGAGGGCUACUCACUGCUGGAAGGCUAUUACGUCAGCAGAGCGAUUGACAUUAUAUCUAAGACAGGAAAAACAUUGAUGUUAUGGCAGGACCCCCUUGACAACGGUGUUGUGGUGAAUGUCUCAAACAUCAUUCAGGUGUGGAAAGACAAGGACGGCCGAACAGCAGCGACCCACUGGGAGGAGUACGCCAACAACCUGACGGCCAGAGGUCACAACGUUGUCGUGUCGUCCUGCUACUACCUCAACUACAUCAGCUACGGCCAGGACUGGCGCACGUACUACAGAUGUGAUCCUCACAAUUUUAACGGCACUCAGGAGCAAAAUAAUCGCAUCCUAGGCGGAGAGGCAUGCAUGUGGGCAGAAUAUGUGGACGGCACCAAUUUUCUGCAAAGAGCGUGGCCUCGUGCGGCGGCUGUGGCCGAGCGUCUGUGGAGCCCCCGUGACGUCACGAGUGACGUAGACACGGCUGCGUUCCGGCUGGAUGUCCAUAGAUGCCGCUUACUGAGGCGCGGAGUUCCGGCGCAACCAAUCCUACCAGGUUUCUGUGGCGACUACGAUUUUGGACUGCAAUCAGAAAUAACAGCAAAGACAACGACAUCAUCAAGCGAUAAUAAUAACAUGGCCUCCGUGAAUUUCUUUUCACAAAGCCAGGCUGUGAUCCUGAUAGUCUUAUACACCUUGUGGUACAUCUCUUGACUAUCAAAGGAAUGUUUUCCUCUCUCUGAAGAAGUUAGCCUUUAGUUCUCCUUGAUUAGUGAGCGUCGGGGAUGAUGUCUUUUUUCUUUUAUUUAUUUAUUUUAUUUAUUUAUUUAUUUUUUGUAACCAGACCGAACUCGAAAUAGCGGAAUCUGCUACAGCUACAGCCUCAUUGCAAGAACGGAUAUGAUUGAUUGAUUGAUUGAUUGAUUGAUUUUGGUGGGGUUUAGAUUGGAGUGGUGUCAUAUUUGUGAAU